AUGCCUAGGUUGCAUGGUAGAUAUUUUAUCCCAGUGCCCUUGACCUGGGACUAUAAAAUGUUUACCCACACCGGCACACAGAUAUACACACCUGCCACAAAAGAAAUCUACAUUGUUACCAUACACAGAUACAAAAUACUCACCACACAGGCAAAAUACACAGAGACCAAAUUAAUGAAAAGGGUGUAUUCAAAAGAUAUAAACUUAUAUCUGUAUCCAAAAUAUGCACACUCAGCCCAAACAUGGAAUGUACGUAUAGAAUAUACACGAAAGACCUACAUGGUGUUUGCACACCAUGUAAAAGACACAACCUGCAACUCGGAUAAAAACCAUCCAAAAUGA